GGUAUGUUGACAGAAUAUUCCUACUGCGCAGGGCGAAUCGUCUUCGUUACUAAAAGAGAGAGAGAGAGGGAGACAUAUUAUAUACUGUAGUCUACAGUAGCCAAAUUACACCCGGAAAGUCUCACCACCAAGGCCAUGGAGUCGAGUUGGAUCGCCGUGGUCUGUGUGCUCCUACUCGGUUUGAUGCAGAGCAGCCUCGGAGCGGAGCAGCGGGUCAUCCCUCCAGAGAAUCUCUUGGUAAUAACAGUAGCUACAGAGGACACUGAUGGCUUCACCCGGUUUAUGAGAACCAGCAAAGAGUUCAACUAUACUGUUAAGGUGCUGGGUCUAGGUGAACAGUGGAAGGGAGGAGACGUUGCUCGCACUGUUGGAGGAGGUCAGAAAGUUCGCUGGCUGAAGACAGAACUCCUCAAACACUCUGCCAAGAAGGACAUGGUCAUUAUGUUUGUGGACAGUUAUGAUGUAAUCCUAGCCAGUGGUCCAGAAGAGUUGCUGUGGAAGUUUUCCAGACUGGGUCAUCGGCUGGUGUUCUCUGCCGAGGGCUUCUGUUGGCCUGACCAGAAACUAGCCCCCAAAUACCCCCCUGUCCACACCGGGAAGAGAUACCUCAACUCUGGAGGGUUUAUAGGGUCGGCUCCAGAGCUCAGUGAGAUUGUUCAACAGUGGAACCAUAAAGACAACGAUGAUGACCAACUCUUCUACACCAAGAUCUACCUGGACAAAGUACAACGGACCAAGUACAACAUGACUCUGGACCAUCGCUCUAGAAUCUUCCAGAACCUCAACGGAGCCAUCGAGGAGGUGGUGCUGAAGUUUGAGAAGGCUCGUGUCCGUGCGAGGAACGUGGCCUAUGACACACUUCCUGUUAUUAUCCAUGGCAACGGACCCACCAAGCUCCAGUUGAACUACCUGGGUAACUAUGUCCCAACUGCCUGGACUCACGAGACCGGCUGUGGGAUCUGUGACGACGACUUGAUAUACCUCAACGACACGCCUGAUGAAGACAUGCCCCUGGUGUACGUGUCUGUGUUCAUCGUUCAGCCGACUCCCUUCCUGGAAGAGUUUCUAGAGAGACUGACCACCCUCAACUACCCAACCAGCCGCAUCAGACUGUUUAUACACAACAACGUGGUGUAUCAUGAGCAGAACAUUCAGCGCUUCUGGGAGAAGCAUCGUGUUCUGUUCCCUGACGCCAGGCUGGUCGGACCGGAGGAGAACCUACAACAGGACCAGGCUAGAACCAUGGCUGUGGAGGCGUGUAAGAAGGACAGUCAGUGUGAUUACUACUUCAGUAUCGAUGCUGAUGUUGUCAUCGUCAACCCUGAUGUUCUCCGUAUCCUUAUAGAAGAGAACAAGUCAGUGAUAGCCCCCAUGUUGUCCAGACAUGGCAAACUGUGGUCUAAUUUCUGGGGAGCUCUGAGUCCUGAGGGGUUCUACUCUCGAUCUGAAGACUACAUCGAUAUUGUACAGGGCAAGAGAGCUGGUCUAUGGAACGUUCCCUAUAUAACUCAGGUCUACAUGAUAAAGGGGUCCGUCUUGAGAGGUAGACUGUCUCAGGUCAGUCUGUACAGUCAGGAGGGGAUGGACCCUGAUAUGGUGUUCUGCAGGGCCGUACGAGACCAGGGAGUGUUUAUGUUUGUGUCUAAUCGUGAUGAGUUUGGUCGUCUGGUCUCCUCCUCCAACUACAACACCAGCAGACUUCAUCCGGACAUGUGGCAGAUCUUUGACAACCCUCUGGACUGGAAGGAGAAGUAUAUCCAUGAAAACUACUCUAAGAUCUUUGAAGACAACCAGACCAUCGUGGAGCAGCCGUGCCCUGAUGUGUACUGGUUCCCAUCCUUUACAGACAGGAUGUGUGAUGAUCUGGUGGAAACCAUGGAAGACUUUGGAGGAUGGAGUGGAGGAAGACAUACGGAUGAGCGUCUUGCAGGGGGCUAUGAGAACGUCCCGACUGUAGAUAUUCAUAUGAACCAGAUUGGUUUUGAGAAGGAGUGGCUCAAGUUCCUAAAAGAAUACAUCAGCCCUGUUACUGAGAAACUCUACCCAGGCUACUUCCCCAAGGCCCAGGCGGUGAUGAAUUUUGUAGUCCGGUAUCGUCCAGAUGAACAGCCGUCUCUCCGUCCGCAUCACGACUCCUCCACCUUCACCAUCAACGUAGCACUCAACAGCAAGGGAGUGGAUUACCAGGGUGGAGGGUGCCGGUUCCUUCGCUAUGACUGUAAUGUGGAAGCACCUCGUAAAGGAUGGUCUUUCAUGCACCCAGGCAGACUGACUCACUACCACGAGGGCCUGCCUACAACCAGCGGGACUAGAUACAUCAUGGUUUCCUUUGUUGACCCCUAAACCCUGACCUCUAACCCCUGAACACACCACCCAGGUGACUAGAUACAUUAUGGCAUCCUUCAUAGACCCAUAGACACUGGUGGCGUGUGUGCGUGUGUGUGUGUGUGUCAGUCAGUCAGUCAGUCACAUAGCAGAUGGGUCUUCUCGUUGCCGUAGUAACACAAACCACUGAGUUUCAUAGCAACCAGUUGAGCGACUUGAAUCACGAUCAGAUCAGGCCAAUCAGCUGCAGAGAGGUCAGGACAUUCAUCUUCAGAUAGCUAGGUGGACCAGUCAUAGUCAGUAUAUUCAUCCCCAGAUAGCUAGGUGGACCAGUCAUAGUCAGGACAUUCAUCUUCAGAUAGCUAGGUGGACCAGUCAUAGUCAGGACAUUCAUCUCCAGAUAGCUAGGUGGACCAGUCCUAGUCAGGACAUUCAUCUCCAGAUAGCUAGGUGGACCAGUCAUAGUCAGGACAUUCAUCUUCAGAUAGCUAGGUGGACCAGUCAUAGUCAGGACAUUCAUCUCCAGAUAGCUAGGUGGGACAACCACAUAUCACACUCAUAGUCAGUGUAUUUCUUUCUCAAUAUGCUUCCUCAUUUUUCUUCGACCCCUGACCUCUGUAGCUAGCUGUGUGUGUUUGGUGUGUGUGUGUGUGUGUGUGUUAAUUUAAGUGUUUGAUGUAACGGCAGGCUGAUGUGGGUGUCAUGUUACAGCGUUGCUAUAGUAACCAGCCUCUCCCUGUGAGUGGAGAAAAGAUGAUUGACACUCUCCUAAGAGAGAGAACUGAACUUUCUGAUAGAAAUACCAUGAAUAGAUCAUCUGAGCUGUUCUACAUGAUAGAAACUCUAAUCAAUAGAUCUGAAAAAACACUCCACAAGACGUAGUUCUAUAAUAUCAUGAGUAGAUCGGCACUGUCUGUUCUACAUGAUCUGUUUCUAUGUGCUGUCUGUUCUACAUGAUCUGUGUCUAUGCGGUUGUUUUGAAGGUAAUGUAUAGUUUUAUAUUUUCAGAAACCAACACGACCUUGGUCUUCAGAGGUCUGUCAGAAACAUGUAUUUUAUCAUCACAUUUUAAACUACUGCUUCAGACUGAGGCCCAAAUGUUGCAACUUAAAUCUGGUGUUUUUUUAUUGGUAUGUUUUGUUAUUGUUUUCUAAUGUUCUGGUCCAAUCAAAGUGUGUCUGUCCAUCUGACAUGCUUCUAUCAAGCUUUGUACAAAAUGCCCUAAAUUAUUUGUUAUGAUUGAGAAAUAAAGUUUCACAUUUUAAUAAAUAAUUAGAUCUA